AUGACCGUCGGAAGGGACCAAAUCGGAACCGGUACCGUACUGCUGUUGGUUUAUCGACUAUCAGUUGAACCGAUCAUGUCAAUAUGUGCUCUCAUUAUCUCAAAUCUCCUCACUCUCGAUAUGUGUGUCUCAUCUCUCACUCUUAGAUCUUUUCAAUUUGUGCCAUCCUCUGCGGCUGGGUUUGACUGGGAGGGAGAGAAAGGGAGAGAGAUGGAUGAUAGAUGCAAUGUUGAUCUCGACUUCUUACUGAAUGAUUGUGGCCAAAGAAAACCUUGUUGA